ACCGAUUCUAUCGUGCAUUUUCAAAUGUGUGCUGUAUCCGUUAAAAAUUUUGUUCUAUUCAUUCUGCCGUUUGUCGGUCAGCGCCACACAGUUCUUAGCAGACCAGCCUUGGAAUAUAAUGAAAUCGUGUCCCAAUGUCAUGGGGUGAUCGAAUAUUUGGCCCCGGCCUUAUCCACUCCAAUAGUCAAAGGUUGGCUGCUAUCUCCGGGCUACUCAUCUUCCCAUGGCUUGAUGCACGGGAGCCCAUAUAGUCCUCCACACCGUCAUCGGAGUGAACAGCCACGACUUAUCCGGCUCAGAAUGGAACACUUGAAGUUACCAGAGGGUUUCCAACUUGUGGUAAGAAACCUGGGGUCUGAAGAGCCUUCUGAUGCGGUUUUUUAUACUGGAGUACAGAACAAAAUAGAACUGAGCGUUGCCGGGACCCCAGUUCAAAUUGAACUUCGGUCUCCGAGACUUUCAGAUGAUUUACACAAGGACGUGGAUGAUCUACUGCAUGUGUGGAUACAACAUUCGUGUGUCCAUGCGGAACCUACUACUUUGGAAGGAAGCCAUUUGGGUUUGCAAACUUGUUCCAAUCCAAUAUCCACUCUCCUUGAGCAAAACACAGAGUUGGCCUGCCGAUCAAGGUCUGUUGGAACCAUUUCAGAAGUACGCUGCAUUCAGCAAAGCCAGUUAUGCGACGAAGUAAAAGACUGCCAGUACGGAGAGGAUGAAUUGGUGUGUGAUUCCCAACAGUAUACGGAGGAGAGGGUGCUGACUUUCUUGAGUCAGACACACAAUGCGCCCAGUUAUCACACCCCUUUUUUCAUGCACCAGCACUUACUAAAAACUGGUUGUCUCUUUGAGUGGGACGCGUGCUUUAUGAGUGAACUUAGAUCACACUCGAUGGUGUGUAUACCUUCCGCUUGGAUGUGUGACGGUCAACACGAUUGUCCGAACGGAGAAGAUGAGUUACCAGAAACAUGUUCCCGGGUUCAAGGGACCAAAUGUCCUGCUCAAACAUACCCGUGUGUUUUGGACGCCAGAUGUGUAUCACAUCAACUAAUAUGUGAUGGGUAUACGGACUGUCUUCUUGGGAGCGACGAAACGGAACAAGCUUGUGACUGGAAGGCCACCAUCGCGGUCCAACUGGAUCGUGAACGCGAUUCUAAUCGUCUGAACGGCGAAACACCAAAAAGUGUGGGGUCAGGUGAGCGAGUAGGUCCACGUGAUCUGUCAGAUAAUUCAGUGUCCACAAUAUCAGUAAAUUCUGGUCACUCAGUGAGGCGCCGUGUUGACACCCGGAUAACCCAGACUCCACAAGUCACAGAGGCUGAGGUCUCGAUCAACGACGUCCUUCUAAAAACUACAGGUCUAGUAACAACAUAUGGUCCGCACAGCAGAAACAAUUUGACAUUUCCAGGCAGUAGUAUUUCGGUGACUGAGAUGAACCUUACUGAAGUUCCUAGUGAUUACGACACGAGCACGGUACUUCCGUAUAAGACCAAUCAAGGGACUGUUUCACCUCGGAGCGACAGACUGCAGGAAGCCCUUUCGACCACUUUCGCGCCAGUCUCGCGUUUUGCAGUGUCUAGUUCGAUUAAACCAAUCGCCGAUAGAGUGAUCCACCGACCGAUCGCGGCUACUAAUGACCAACAACAUGAAACCACUGAUCGCACUUUUUCAUCCGAAAGUGCACCAAACUUUGCAACUUCUACAACGGAAGGAUUCCGAAUUGAAUUGGUUUCCAAUAUCUCUGAAUCUGAUACACAAGCAAAUGUAACGGAUGGCUUCACUGGUGCUAGCGCCAACUUGCCAACUGAAUCAUCCAAGAAUAAAACAACAAGAAAGGCUAUCACCGGUGUAUCAGCCCUUGUUGAUCUGACAUCAACCGAGAUCGUCGGUAUUCCCGCAGAAACUGGUAUCAUUCUUAGCAGACCAGCCUUGGAAUAUAAUGAAAUCGUGUCCCAAUGUCAUGGGGUGAUCGAAUAUUUGGCCCCGGCCUUAUCCACUCCAAUAGUCAAAGGUUGGCUGCUAUCUCCGGGCUACUCAUCUUCCCAUGGCUUGAUGCACGGGAGCCCAUAUAGUCCUCCACACCGUCAUCGGAGUGAACAGCCACGACUUAUCCGGCUCAGAAUGGAACACUUGAAGUUACCAGAGGGUUUCCAACUUGUGGUAAGAAACCUGGGGUCUGAAGAGCCUUCUGAUGCGGUUUUUUAUACUGGAGUACAGAACAAAAUAGAACUGAGCGUUGCCGGGACCCCAGUUCAAAUUGAACUUCGGUCUCCGAGACUUUCAGAUGAUUUACACAAGGACGUGGAUGAUCUACUGCAUGUGUGGAUACAACAUUCGUGUGUCCAUGCGGAACCUACUACUUUGGAAGGAAGCCAUUUGGGUUUGCAAACUUGUUCCAAUCCAAUAUCCACUCUCCUUGAGCAAAACACAGAGUUGGCCUGCCGAUCAAGCAGACCAGCCUUGGAAUAUAAUGAAAUCGUGUCCCAAUGUCAUGGGGUGAUCGAAUAUUUGGCCCCGGCCUUAUCCACUCCAAUAGUCAAAGGUUGGCUGCUAUCUCCGGGCUACUCAUCUUCCCAUGGCUUGAUGCACGGGAGCCCAUAUAGUCCUCCACACCGUCAUCGGAGUGAACAGCCACGACUUAUCCGGCUCAGAAUGGAACACUUGAAGUUACCAGAGGGUUUCCAACUUGUGGUAAGAAACCUGGGGUCUGAAGAGCCUUCUGAUGCGGUUUUUUAUACUGGAGUACAGAACAAAAUAGAACUGAGCGUUGCCGGGACCCCAGUUCAAAUUGAACUUCGGUCUCCGAGACUUUCAGAUGAUUUACACAAGGACGUGGAUGAUCUACUGCAUGUGUGGAUACAACAUUCAUGUGUCCAUGCGGAACCUACUACUUUGGAAGGAAGCCAUUUGGGUUUGCAAACUUGUUCCAAUCCAAUAUCCACUCUCCUUGAGCAAAACACAGAGUUGGCCUGCCGAUCAAGGUCUGUUGGAACCAUUUCAGAAGUACGCUGCAUUCAGCAAAGCCAGUUAUGCGACGAAGUAAAAGACUGCCAGUACGGAGAGGAUGAAUUGGUGUGUGAUUCCCAACAGUAUACGGAGGAGAGGGUGCUGACUUUCUUGAGUCAGACACACAAUGCGCCCAGUUAUCACACCCCUUUUUUCAUGCACCAGCACUUACUAAAAACUGGUUGUCUCUUUGAGUGGGACGCGUGCUUUAUGAGUGAACUUAGAUCACACUCGAUGGUGUGUAUACCUUCCGCUUGGAUGUGUGACGGUCAACACGAUUGUCCGAACGGAGAAGAUGAGUUACCAGAAACAUGUUCCCGGGUUCAAGGGACCAAAUGUCCUGCUCAAACAUACCCGUGUGUUUUGGACGCCAGAUGUGUAUCACAUCAACUAAUAUGUGAUGGGUAUACGGACUGUCUUCUUGGGAGCGACGAAACGGAACAAGCUUGUGACUGGAAGGCCACCAUCGCGCUCCAGCUGGAUCGUGAACGCGAUUCUAAUCGUCUAAACGGCGAAACACCAAAAAGUGUGGGGUCAGGUGAGCGAGUAGGUCCACGUGAUCUGUCAGAUAAUUCAGUGUCCACAAUAUCAGUAAAUUCUGGUCACUCAGUGAGGCGCCGUGUUGACACCCGGAUAACCCAGACUCCACAAGUCACAGAGGCUGAGGUCUCGAUCAACGACGUCCUUCUAAAAACUACAGGUCUAGUAACAACAUAUGGUCCGCACAGCAGAAACAAUUUGACAUUUCCAGGCAGUAGUAUUUCGGUGACUGAGAUGAACCUGACUGAAGUUCCUAGUGAUUACGACACGAGCACGGUACUUCCGUAUAAGACCAAUCAAGGGACUGUUUCACCUCGGAGCGACAGACUGCAGGAAGCCCUUUCGACCACUUUCGCGCCAGUCUCGCGUUUUGCAGUGUCUAGUUCGAUUAAACCAAUCGCCGAUAGAGUGAUCCACCGACCGAUCGCGGCUACUAAUGACCAACAACAUGAAACCACUGAUCGCACUUUUUCAUCCGAAAGUGCACCAAACUUUGCAACUUCUACAACGGAAGGAUUCCGAAUUGAAUUGGUUUCCAAUAUCUCUGAAUCUGAUACACAAGCAAAUGUAACGGAUGGCUUCACUGGUGCUAGCGCCAACUUGCCAACUGAAUCAUCCAAGAAUAAAACAACAAGAAAGGCUAUCACCGGUGUAUCAGCCCUUGUUGAUCUGACAUCAACCGAGAUCGUCGGUAUUCCCGCAGAAACUGGUAUCAGUAUGCCAACCAAAGCGGCAGCUAAAACGUCAGCGGUAUCGAGCGAACUGUUCCACAAUAUCAUAUCAUUCACAGAACAGUCGGUUUACGAUGGAUUGUUACCACAAGUGGCAGCUAACAGGUCGAGUAACCAGGGGAUUACUGAAGUCACAGAAACCAUAUCACCUGUAACAACAAGUGACAUGUCUCUCAUGACUAAAUCAGCGCACAAAAUGACCUCUGGCAUAGAAUUGGAUACAUUUCCUGUUGCUUCUCCUUCCACCGAAAUGGUUAGUACAGAACCAGGUACAACUGAGAAAGUAACCACUUCGGUUUACCUGUCAAACUCAGGCGAGGAUGGCAACACAAGAGGAGCUUCACGUUCCGGGCUGCCCGACACGGAACGAAAUAUCAAUCCGGGAGUACCUAGUGCAUUUCAAGAGGUAACCCCAUCGAGCAAACCGCUUGAGCAAGAGAUUCGAAAAGUGACAUCUUCGGCUGGAAAGUUCAACAAUGAACAAGGUACAUCUGUACGAGAAUUUUUUACGGUUCGAAAAGUGACAUCUUCGGCUGGAAAGUUCAACAAUGAACAAGGUACAUCUGUACGAGAAUUUUCCCAAACCGAAAUGCGAGAUAAGAAUCAAUCUAUAAACUCAGAAGUACCCACGUCAACUGAACAGAACACACCUGGAGAAGUAACGCAUUCGAAUGGGGUAAUUGGUAUGCAGCCCCAUACACCUCUGAAAUUACCCUCACCAAAUAGAUGGUCAAAGACCGGAGGAGUUGCAACUCGAAAAAUAACAACACAUCUUUUUGUAGACGAACCACCUGACUUGGGCUUGCCAGGUAGGCUUGCCAAAUUGUCCCAUUCAAGUGAAGUGGAGCAACGAAAAGCCUCACUGAACGGGCUGCCUAAUAUGGAAUUGAAUGUAGCCAAACGGGAAUUCUCUUUCGACGAACCGUAA